CCCAUAAGAACACCCACCGUAGAAUGGAUGAUUAAUUAAUGGAAGAACAAUCUCUCGUUAACAAAACUUUUAACACCCUUCAAGACCAGGACACCUUACGCAUUAUCUUCUAUUCUUAUAUUGCCAUAUUUGUUUCCGUUAUAACUUUGUCUGUCCUUGGAGCUACACUUUGGGAACAUUGGAACCGACGAACAAAAUAGAGAACGACAACAACGGCACCACUAAUAAACGCAAGAAAAACAAAAAACAAAAUUAAUACCAGAGUGAACGAUUGAGUUUAAACCUCUCCAUUCUCCAUUAGUUCAGUUUGCGAAAGUUCGUAAAUUAUAUAAACAAAAUAAGUAAGAAGAAAUGGCGACCCGAAAGAAAGUGCUCCUCAAAGUUAUCAUCCUUGGGGAUUCUGGCGUCGGGAAAACGUCCCUCAUGAAUCAGUACGUCAAUAAAAAGUUCACAAAUCAGUACAAGGCAACGAUUGGAGCUGAUUUUCUCACUAAAGAGGUCAUGGUCGAUGAUAGGCUGGUCACCAUGCAGAUUUGGGAUACUGCUGGUCAAGAACGAUUCCAAUCUUUAGGUGUGGCCUUUUAUCGUGGAGCUGAUUGUUGCGUGUUAGUUCAUGAUGUUACUGCCCCCACUUCCUUCAAAUCACUGGACUCAUGGAGGGACGAAUUUCUCAUCCAAGCCUCACCCAGAGACCCGGAUAAUUUCCCUUUCGUCCUUCUCGGAAAUAAAGUGGACCUCGAGAAUCGUGCUGUUCCUCAAAAGCGUGCAAUGCAAUGGGCCGCCUCCAAAAACAAUAUGCCAUAUUUUGAAACGAGUGCUAAGGAGGGGAUCAAUGUUGAACAGGCAUUUCAAACUAUAGCAAAGAAUGCCUUGGCACAGGAAACAGAGGUCGAUAUUUAUAACGAGUUCCCAGACCACAUCACCAUCAAUCCAGAUUCGAGAAAUGUUCGCAAUGAUAACUGCUCUUGUUGAGCAUAGAUAAGCUUAUGAAACCCAAAAAAAUACUUAUAAACGUCUUCACUCGCUAGAUAUAAAUAUAUUAAUUAAUUAAUUAUAAGCUAAAACUAUUUGUUUGUGACACGACCAAUGUAAUCAUACGAAAUGAUUGAUUAAUUCCCGAUAAGUACCAUGGUAGAAAUAUUGUGUUUGUCGUAGCUUAUAAUUAGUUUACUUUACUUUUGAGUCAGUUCCUUAUUUGUCAUUCGUUUAUAAUCACAUAAAAAUCGGAAAAGAUGUCGAAUCGAAUAACGACUUGUUUCAAUACUUAUGCAAUACUGUAUACACUUACUAUUUUUCACGGAUCUAAUUUAUACCAUUAUAAGCCUGUGUUAUUAUAUAUGUAUGUAGGUAUUAUUGUAACUUGUAACUCGCUGUAUGAAAUAAUUAUGUAUCGAAUAAAUUGAGAAGAACGAGAGGAAUUUAACUAAA